AUGGAAUGUAGAGGAAUUCCAGGAUUGGCGAUAUCCAUAGUUUACAAUAAUCAGAUAGCAUACACGAAGGGAUAUGGCUAUUCCGACUUGGAGACGAGCGUUGAAGUUACUUCACAAACAAAGUUUGCCAUAGGUUCAGUGACUAAGAGUUUCACGGCAACGUUGUUAGCAGACAUGAUUGACAAGGCUAACGAUUAUGAAAAGCUUAACUGGCAUACACCUCUAAAAGAGAUACUUGGACAAAACUUCAAGUUGAACACGAGUUAUUUGACUGAACUGACAACAUUGGUUGAUAUAUUAUCUCAUAAGACGGGAGUUCCAGGUUACGAGCGUGCUCUUUCAGCCGGGGUCUUUGUGAAUUUGACAAGGAAGGAAUACACGAAACGUCUUCGGUUCCUUGAGCCCGAGUUCGCUGUGAGGAGUGGUUCGAUAUACAACAAUCAUAUGUACAUGUUGGCUGGUCACGUGGCUGAAAUACUUGCAGACGACACUGGAAAGAUAUCUUGGGAAAAUCUUCUAAAAAUGCAUCUUUUACAACCAAUAGGGAUGAAUUCCAUCAGAUUUGUUACACUAGACGAAACAUGGGAAGACGUGGCAAAGGCUUACGUCCUUGUUGAUGGAAACUUGACCUACGUCGGCAUGGAUAUGAUAAAAGCGGCUGUUCCGAUAGGUCCUGCGGGGUCCAUUUUCUCUACAGCAGACGACAUGGCUAUGUGGCUCCUGUUUCACAUCAACCAUGGAAAAACUAAGGAUGGAGAGGAAUUAAUCGAUCACGAAAUUCUAGAUGAGAUGUAUCUUGGUCAAGUGUCACAACCAUCACUGAACAAUGAUUUGACAAAGCCUACAUAG